AUGCCAGCAGAUCAUGCUUCAUCCAGCCGGAGGAAACAAUCACCGACCAUCCGCACCGUGCCCGGUCACUCCGCAAUCUCCUGUCCCUGGUCCUUGUGUCCAGAUAAGGAGCCAGGACUGCAGCCAUGGAUGCCAGGACACAGUGAAGACCACCGUGUUACAAUUGGUUAUGGCAGGAAGGUCCUCCUCACAGCGUCGGCUACGGUCCACUCCAUUGAGAUUCUCAAUGGAGGAAAGCUGGUGAUUGCUGACACCAACCGGCCCAUACUGCUGCGAACAAAACAUAUUCUGAUUGGGAACAAAGGGGAGCUUCACAUUGGAAGUCCAGACUGUCCUUAUAAAGGCAACCUUACCAUCUCUCUUUUUGGAAGGUACAGUUGUAUGAAGCAUGCUGAAACCCAUGAUGGCAUACCAUCCAACCAGACAGGAGAUGUGAUCUACAAGAAUGACAAGGACUAUGGCUUUGUCUGUCUCAACAAGGACCAGGCUCAUGGCCUCUGUCACAACUACAGGGUCCGCUUCCUCUGUGGAAAACUGGUUCACCCACAGGCCUCCAUUUCCAUCGAUAUGUUGUCCAACAGCAGCAUCUUGGAGCUCGCCGACCAGCCCCAGGGCUGGGUGUCCGGGGAUCGGGUGGUGGUGGCCAGUACGGACUACUCCAUGCACCAGGCAGAAGAGUUUACCCUGUUGCCCUGCCCUACCUGCACAUCCAACCAGGUUAGGGUCCAAGGUAAGGCACAGUUCAUCCACAUGGGUGAAGAGGUGGACGGGGUGGAUAUGAGGGCAGAGGUGGGGCUGCUGAGUCGUAACAUCCUGCUCCGUGGUGUAAUGGAGCCUGGCUGUUAUGGCAACGAGGCCUGCAAAUUCUUCAACUUUGACACUUUUGGAGGACAUUUAAAGGUGGAGCGGGGCUUCAGGGCAGUUCAUAUAUCUGGGGUGGAGCUCCAGCACAUGGGCCAGCAGACAAUGGGACACUAUCCGGUCCAUUUCCAUAUGAACGGAGACGUGAACGAGAGGGGAGGCUACAACCCACCCACCUCCGUCAGUGAUCUGUCCAUCCACCACUCCUUCUCCCGCUGUGUUACCAUUCAUGGAUCCAACGGAUUACUGGUAAAGGAUGUGGUGGGCUAUGACACACUAGGCCACUGUUUCUUCACAGAGGAUGGUCCAGAAGAGAGGAACACCUUUGACCACUGUCUGGGUCUGAUGGUGCGAGCUGGGACCCUGCUGCCUUCAGACAGGGACAGCAAAAUGUGCCGUGACAUCACUGAAGGAGCUUACCCAGGAUAUGUGGCCAACCCACGCCAAGACUGCAGCGCAACUUCAACUUUCUGGAUCGCCAACCCCAAUAACAACCUCAUCAACUGUGCUGCUGCAGGCUCAGAGGAAACAGGUUUCUGGUUCAUCUUCCACCAUGUGCCUACUGGCCCCUCAGAGGGGCUGUACUCCCCGGGACACACUGAGCACACACCUAUGGGCCAAUUCACCAACAACCGAGCCCAUUCCAACUAUAGGUAUCGAUGCUGCUUCUACAAUUUUCAAAGCUACUAUCACUAUACUUACUGCUACUGCUGCUGGCACUUACAGAAUCUAACUCUCCCCAUCUGUGUGUGCAGUGGAGGAACUUUUCCAGAUGAUGAUGGCUCCCGUCAGCAGGUGAAAAACUCACUGUUUGUGGGUGAAAGUGACAAUCGCGGGAUGGCCCUCCCUGACAACCGCAUCUGGGGCCCCGGAGGUUCUGACCUCAUUAGCAGAACCUUGCCACGUGGCAUUGAUUUUCCGAUUCGGGGUAUGCAGAUCUACGAUGGGCCCAUCAACAUGCAGAACUGCACUUUUCGGAAAUACACGGCGCUGGAUGGACGGCACACUAGUGCCUUUGGCUUCAGGCUCAACAACUCCUGGCAGAGCUGUCCAAACAAUAACGUCACUGACAUCACCUUUGACCACGUACCUAUUACGUCUCGCGUGUUUUUUGGGGAGCCUGGUCCCUGGUUUAAUAAGAUGCAAAUGGACGGGGACAAAACGACCAUCUUCCACGAUAUCGACGGCUCGAUCAGUGAGUAUCCCGGAGCCUUCCUGGUUAAAGAGGACAACUGGCUGCUCCGCCAUCCUGACUGCAUCGACGUGCCCGACUGGAGGGCUGCUAUCUGCAGCGGCCGCUACGCACAGAUCUACGUCCAGACACGUAAUCCUGCAAACCUGAACAUGCACAUAGUGAGAGAUGAGUACCCUGAUCACCCCCUGACACUAGAGGGCGCCCUGGGGAAGAGGAAACACUACCAACAGUUCCAGCCGGUGAUCACACUGGCCAAAGGCUACACCAUCCACUGGGACCAGGCAGCGCCUGCUGAGGUCACCAUCUGGCUCAUCAAUUUUAACAAAAAUGACUUGAUCACCGUGGGCCUCUGCUACCCACAAGGCACCACUUUCACGGUCAUCUCCGACAUCCACAACCGCCUGACCAAACAGACCCGCAAGACCGGCGUCUUCAUGAGGACAGCACAGAGGGAGAAGAUCAAACAAUCCCACCUGGCUAAAAGAUACUACUACUGGGAGGAAGACACUGGCCUACUCUUCCUGAAGGUAAUGGCCAAUAACGACAAGGAACAGUAUGCCUUCUGCUCUGUCAAGGGUUGUGAGAGGGUGAAGAUCACGGCUAUCAUCCCUAAAGGCAGUCCACCCAGCAACUGCAUGGCCCAGGCCUACCCCAGACACGCUGAGCUGCCCGUUGUGGACGUACCCAUGCCUAGAAAGAUACCUAAUGCCAGACUGCACUCACCAGAACACUUCCUGGAGGUCAAACUGGAGUCCUACAACACUCGCUUCUUCCACAUCAAAGAGGACUUUGCUUUCACAGAGGUGAAUGGCAGGAAGCUGUACCAACCAGAAGAUGGGGUGCAGUUGACAGUAGUUGACGGGCAUGAUGGUAAGGUGGUAGAGAGCAAAGGCUUCAGGAACUCCAUCCUACAGGGCAUCCCUGCACAAUUACACAAUUACGUCAAUGGACUGAGAGAUGGUUCCAUCGUCAUCAUUACAUCUAAGGGCCGUCUGGUUACCAGAGGAUCCUGGACUAAAGUCUUGGAGAGACUUGGAGCAGACAAAAGCAUCAAAUUGAAAGACAAGCUGGCAUUUGUGGGCUUCAAGGGUUCCUUCCGCCCUGACUGGGUCCAUCUGGAGGUGGACUCUGACCGGGCCAAGAUCCAUCAGGUUCUGCCUGUCCCUGUGGUCCUCAAGAUGAAGUUAUGAGUGGAAAGCAGAGUGGGGAGGACAGCCAAGAGACUAUGUAGCCUCCAGAUACUGACACACAUAAUACCCACCCAAAAAACAUGCAAAGACACACAUGUACAUAUGUAUACAUAUACACUGCCUGCACUGCAGAGGUGCUCCAAGCCAUUGGUCCAAGAUCGAGUGGUGUUUUUUCUAGGCUCGGCGGUGAGAAAGGAUGUGAUUUGGUGUGUUGAGGGGAAGACCCUCUCCCGGAGCCAGUACUGCCCAUGAUGAACUGUAUCUGUGUAAGACCCCCACCAUCAGCAGAGGGCUUUAAAGUGAUAACACACCCUCUGGCAGUCAUAUUAGAGGUCCUCGGUGCAACAGUGGCUUAGACCAGCCAAUGGUGUUUGCAGAAAUGUGGCUGCUCCACAGACAUUAUUGGACAUGAUUGAACAUUGUCAUUGCGUCACAGACAUCAUUGUUAUGGUUACAUAAUGUGAGCUUGCCAGCUAAAGUUACCAUUGGAUUUGGUGAGCAAAUGAUCACUGUUGAGCUGUGAAAAAAUCUGUUUUGUGCACCAGCUAACAUGGACAUUAGUUUCAUGUUAACAUUAACAUUGGCCGUAGUCCAUCCUCUAACGGACUUCGCUAUUUGUUUACCCCAGCACUCACAUCUUCGCUUUCAGUCUGCUGUAUGUGUCCCCUGCCCCAAAUGCAACACGGUUGUUUUCCAUUUCAAAUAUAGGAUAGCACAGGAGAGUUGAUGGUUUAGUUGCUCAAUGAGAGGUAGAGAAUUGCAUGACCAUUUUGGAAUAAGGUAAAGUAGGACAGAUGCCCCUUCCUCAGCCACAUCCUUCAGCUCUAUCUGGUAAUCCCAGAGCUUUCCCAGACCCGAAAAACCCUCCAGCAUGCUCUGGGUCUUUCCUGGGGUCUCCUCCCUGUUGGAUGUUCCUGAAGCACCUACAGAUCAGAUGCCUGAACCAGCCCAACUGAGUCCUUUCUAAAAUCCUUAUAUACCAGCCUGUAAUAGACUGGGCAACUUUACCUGCAAGAGGGAAGGCUGUAACCACCGUAAUGCAACGUCCAAAGAAUUGGUUCAAACGUUUCUGCAGGGGGAUCAGACACUGAGGCCCUCCUGCUUGUUCCCCAGUGAGAUGUAAAACUUGGACAGGUUUUCCAACCAAUAGUGAGGUUUAUAACAAAGCUAACAAAACAACUCUAACUUGUCUCCCACCGAGUAUUAUGCAAAUAUUUUGCAUGAGCAGAAAUGUGAUGGCACCCAUAUUAAGUUAGAAUGAAAUCUGCAAAAUAUUCAGUGCCUGAGAUAGAAACAACUUCUGAGUUGUUGCCAAAUGCUACUGAGAUACAAAACAACUUCAAACUAUGUCUGUGAAGAUUUCCAGUCAUUCAGAUCAUAGUUAUCCAAGGAAGGUUAAAAUCAAGGGCAGCUGGACUUGCUGGAAGAUACUUGAAGACAUUUCGGCUCUCAUCCAAGAGGCCUCUUCAGUUCUGACAGACUGGCAGUGAGUCCCACCUAUUUAACCUCUGUGGGGUCAUUACCAAGGAGAUGGAUCCUGCUUGGUUUGUUGUGUGUCCUUAUGGUCGUUUCAUUGAGGCCUCAUGUGACGAUGCCUAUGACGGUUGUUCAGACUUCGAUUCAGUUGACUCCAAACAACCAUAACGACAUGGGCCCAGUUACAAAUAAUAUCAAUUUGACAAAAUAGUUUGACUGAAACUCACCUUUUUAAGCUGUUCAAGCAGUCUGAACCAUUUUUCAGCUAAUUUGAUGCUUUCACACUAGUCUAAACAAACUGAAACAAACGGGUUAGGGGGGAGUUACAAAGGGGUGUGUGUGAUUGCAGUUUGUAGGAGACAAGGUUCACCAGUUUAUUACAAAACCCUACAUUAGGAAAGAAACCUGAGAUAUUGGAUUGUUCACUUUUAUAUUGAUCAUUAAACAGUAACAAUGUCUUGGUGUUUGAUAUUUAUAUAUUACUAACUACUGGCCAAUUGUCCAUUGAUGGACCUCCACGAUGUCAGCCACGGGUUGCUCGAGAUUUAUGAUGCAAAUGCAAAGCCUCUUUCUGAUCAGUGGGCGCAAAUACUACACAAGUGUGAGCCAACUAAUCAAAUGCAUGUAUACGUGCCUCACCAAACAUCCUUCCCAUGCAGGUCUCCGUGAUAUGUGACACUUAAGUGGUUUUGGUGUGCUGCAUUGUUUGAGUAAACUGUUAAAGAGAGAAAAGAGAAGAUGAAAAAAAAAAAGAACAUUCCUUGUUUUGCAUCCAGACCUGUGGUUGUUAACUUGCUCUGUUUCAUUCUGAGCACUUGAUAUUGUGAUGUUUUACCCCCGUGUUUAUUCAUAUCAGUGUUUGUGAUCCAUCUGUCUGUAUUUUUGAAAUGAACCAGCAAGAAGCCCAUAACAAUUUAAAAGAAUAAAUUAGACACCGACUUAAAUCAGGGAGUUUUUCAAUGUGCAAUUUCCCCAUUUCAAAAUGACAGAGAAAUCUUAGUUUCAAUCAGGCGAUUAUAAAAAAGGAUUACCCCUCCCUUCGCCGAAAUAGCUGGACUUUUUCCGGAGGUUGCAGUAGUAAUUUAGUGUUUUGUAUGUUUAAUUUGUUUUUAAAAAAUCCACAGAUUCCUAAGAUAUAUAUAUAUAUAUAUAUAUUUUAUACUUAUUUAUUGUACAUACACAGUUGAUCCAAAUCUACGAGGGACAUCUUUUGAGUUGUAAUGUUAUGACUGUCCUGUAUGUAUACUGUAUGUAAGAAACCAUUAUAGCUCCAUUUUAAAAGAUUUGUACCAGACACUCACUGCACACAUGCAUUAGAUUCUUGGUGUAGUUGGCUUGUUUUAAAUGUACACCAUAUGAAUAUGUUGUAUAUGUGGCUUGUAAGUAAUGAAGCUCCAUAACUUUCUUUGAGGACUUUUGUACAGAAAUAAAUGAUGAUCAACAGUU